AUGCCCGUAAGCCUCGCGUCGACGGGCGGACAGGAUUGCGGGGUAGGCGGAGGGUUCGCGGUCGGGUUACGCGGCGCGCACUCCAGCGCUCGCGCCAACGCGGGGGAGAUUAAGGACGAUCAGGAGAGCGGAAUCGCGGACGGGGGGUGCAACGAGACGGCCAGAUCUAGCGAGAGCAGCGGCGACGGCGGGGGCGGCGGUGGCGGCGGAAGCAGCGGGGGGGACGAUGAUGCGGGCGGACACGUGCUGAAGCACGCGAGAGAAGCCCCGCCGAUGGCCGACGGGCGGAGAUCCAUUGGCGCGCGCGGAAGCAGCGGCGGGUGGGGCGGCGCGGGCGCGCGCGCGUCGUCGUCCCCCGGCGGGCCAGGGGGAAGCGGAAACAUCGGCGGGAGUUCAAGGCGCGGGGGCUCUGGCGCAGGGGGGGCAGGCGGAGGGGGAGGCGGAGGGGGAGGCACGGGGCCGGGAGCGGAGUGGGGGGGAGCGAGUCACUGUAUAUUUGUGGAGCUGGAUCGAGUGGUGCUAUACUGUGCUGCAUGCGGGGAGUAUGUGGUAGAUGGUGACUUUAACACAUGUGUGAUUAAUGCGGUGGGGGGUAUGGGUGGCGUGGAAGGGCCAACUCUUGCUUGCCUCCCUGCUGCUGCAGCUCCAGGAGAAGCAGCAGAAACCACAGGAGCAGCGGCAGCAGCAAGAGCAAGCGAAGUGGGAGCGGGGGAGGGGAGGGGAGGAGGCGCUAUUGUGCAGGUUGCGUGGACAGCACCUGAGGAGGGGAUGAUGGGGAAGAAGAAGGGAGCGCGCAAGGAGGGAGUGAUAAAAGGGGGCAUACUGAAAGAAGGGGUAUUGACAAUGGCUGCAAUGCCAUCAAUGGGCUUGGGGGGAAGAACCACCCGGUUGCUACUUCCAGCUGGGCCUCAGGGCUCAGGUGAAGACCUGUGUGGGUAUUCACCUGAGAAUUCACCUGAGAUUGACGCGGAGUCGGAUGGGAGAGCAGUGCAGUUGCAGCGGGCGGAUGGCACGGCUGUGAGUGUGAGUGGGAGUGAGCGAGGCAGCAGUUUCGCCGGUAGUGACAGCGCUGGCAUGACCAGUGCUGGUGCUGAUGCUCAUGCUCAUGCUGAUGAUGAUGCUGAUGUUGAUGCUACUGCUGGUGCGGGUGGUGACUUUCCUCCUGCUCCUGAGAAUAAUAACCCAGGGGGUGGGGGCUUCGGUGCGGCUGUGGUUCGGAUGGAGGAGGGCAGGGGCGAGGGGGCGGAGGGGGAUGGGGAUGAGGUGAGGGAAGAGAGGGAGGAAGAAGGGCAGGAGGGGGGAGAGGAGGGGGAGGAGGAGGAGGGUAAGGAGCAAGCGGAGGAGGAAUUGGAGGAGGAUGAGGAGGGGUUGCAGGGUGAUGCUGAGUGGAAUGGUGGUGAUAGGGGUGCCGUAGGAGGAGGAGGAGGAGGAGGAGGAGGAGGAGGAGGAGGAGGAGGAGAAGGAGGAGGAGGAGGGGUAAGUGGAAGGGAGGCUCUGCUGGGGGAGGGGAAGAGCAAGAAAGUGAGAGAAAGGGGAGGUGAUGGGAAGAAAAGGGGACGGGGCAGUGGGUGGACCGGAGGAGGGGCAGGAGCACAGUCAUUGACAGCAGCAGCAGCAGCAGCAGCAAAUACAGCAACAGCAGCAGAAGCAACAGCAGCAGCAGCAGCAGCAGCAGCAGCAGCAGCAGCAGCAGCAGCAGCAGCAGAUACAGCAACAGCAGCAGCACCAACAGGUGCAGCAGCAACAUCAGCAAGCCCUUGUGCCGCAUGGGAAGGGAAGGUGGGUACAGGUGUGAAUCAGGAGGCGAGGGUAGGGAAAGGCAAGAAGGAGCAGAAAGAGAGGGCGGAGAAGGGGAAGCAGCAGCAGCAGCAGCAGGCGCAGCAGAAUGUGCGGCCACCUUCACCCAGAAUCACUCGCGCUGCUGCCAGGCAGUUGCAGCAAGAGCAGCAGCAGCAGCAGCAGCAGGGCGCAGUGGAAGAGAAGAGGGAGCAGCAGCAGCAGGGGAAGGAAUCCCUGGGGGGGCAGUGGUUGGGAGGGGAAGUGGGUGGGGAGAUAGGGGAGGCGUGGGAAGUGGAGGGACAAGACGAGGAGACUGGGGUGCAGGGACGAGAAGGGAGAGCGGUCAAGGGAAGUAGAGGAGAAGCCAGUAGUAAGGGGAAGGGGAGGAGGAAGGAGCGAGUGAGGGAGAGAGUGAGGGAGAAGGGACGGUUGGAUGCAGCAGAGGUAGAUGUAGGUGCAGUGAGGGGGGAAGGUGAGGAUGAUGCGAUAACAGGAGCCAGAAUGACAGGUGGUUUCCAGGAAGGUGUGGCUGCUGUGCCUCCUCUUCCUCCUCUUCUUGCCGCCGCUGUGAAGAGGCCGAGGUAUGUGGUAACCAGGGAGGGGGGCCACGUGGGACUCGAGGGCGCGAGAGAGAGAGUGAGGGCGGGGGAAGAGACAGUGUCCACAUUAGAGGACGAAUUUGUGGGUUUCAGUGUGCCCAGUAGUAUUAGGGCAGCAGGAGAAGGGAUACGAGUGGGAGUGGGACAGGAGGUGGUGUAUGGGAGAGGAGGGAAACGAGGAGGAGGAGGGGGGUCAGGUGUGGAGGAGGGUGGUGUGGUGGGUAGGAGUGUGAGCACUCGUGGGCGGAGGAGCGGAGCUGCUGUGGUGACCCUGGCAGAUGCGGGUGCUGCAGCGACAGCAACUGAUGCAGCAGCAGUGACGGCAGGAGGAGCAGGAGCAGGAGCAGCAGCAGGAGCAGGAGCAGGAGCAGCAAGAGCAGCAGCAGGUGCAGGAAGGGGAAGGGGAUGGAACUUCAAGAGGGCUGUUAUAGCGCAGUUACGUGGGGAAGCUGAUGGCCUGGGGAAAUUGGGUGGUGUGAGUAGGGGAAGGGAUACAGAGGACCAAGCGGAAGUGGAGGCGGAAGAGGAGGAUGAGGAGGAAGAAGAAGAGGAAGCGGAAGAGGGAGAGAAUUUUGACAAGAGGGGGGUGAGGUUCCAAGAAGCAGCAGGACGAGGGAGGAAGAGGAAGAGGGAGAAGGGGAAGAAGAAGAAGAAGAAGAAGAAGAAGAAGAAGAAGAAAGGGCAGAGGGAUGACGGGGAAGGUACUGUGCAACAAAGACGCCGCUCUGUAGACGUUAGUGGAUUGCACAGUAAAGGGUACAGUAGAGAAAAUGGGAAUAUUAAAGGCCACAGCGAAGGGCACAGCAGAGGACAUGUAAAUGGUCGUUCCCUUGCUCCGGAUGCUUCUGCUCCUCUUUCCUUUCCUCCUUCUCUUCCUCUUUCUCGUGAUGGUUUGGGUGUAAAGCAGCAGGGAGUGGUGGGGGGCGGAGGGGGAGGGGAGGAGGGGCAAGAAGGCCUGGCGGAGGAAACGUUACAGAAGGGGAUGAGCGAGGCAGGGGCGGCAGGGAGGGAGGUGAGGAGGAGACAGAGGAGAGUAGUGGUGAGCGGGCAGCAGGAAGGGGAGGUAGGUGCAUGGGUGGAGGGGUGUGCAGGUGGGGCCCGUAAGGGGAGGGUGAGUGAGGGGAGGGUGAGUGAGGGGAGGGUGAGUGAGGGAAUGGUGAGUGAGGGGAUGUAUUUUAGUGGCAGCAAUGGUGCUGUAGCGGCGAGAGGAGGGGGUGCAAGAAGGAUGAGCAAGGGAAGGCGAGCAGCAGGGGAACGAGACGUGAAAGGAGGUGUGGAGGAGAGCGAUGCAAGGGAAGGUGUAGAGGGAGGUGUGGAGGGGGAGAGUGCGAAAAUCCCCAAGGGGGAAAGUGAGGGAGUGGUGUGGGGCGAGAGUGGGGAAGGGUAUGUGGGUGCGAGUGUGGGUGUGGCAGAGAGAGGCGUUGUAGAAACACGGGAGGUGCACGGGAGGAGAGAGGGGAGGGGCAAGGGCAAGGGAAGCAGGCGGAGGAGUGAGAAUGGGAGGGCGAGCAGGGAGGGGCGGGAGGGACAGGAAGGGCGGGAGGGGCGGGAAGGGCGGGGUCUUAGCACAGGGGAGUUAGAGGUUGGGGGAGGGAGGGUGGGCGGGAGUGUUCUUGCCACGCCUCUAAGAUUGGGAAGUGAAGAGGAUAAGGCUGCGGUUAUUGCAGCGGUGGUGGCGGGGGGAGUGGAAGAGGAGGUGAAAGGGGAAGUGGAAAGGGGUAGGGGAGGGAUAAGAGAGGGAGGAAGGGGAGAUGUUGGGGAGGCGUAUUUUGAGCGUCCUAAGAAGGCCCAGGGGCACAUGACUCCUCCCCUCUCCUGCAACCACAAUCACAACCCCGACAAUGACCCCCACCACAGGCCCAGCCGUGGCUCCCCGGAUCCCCGCGGACUUGAUGCACGCGCCCCUGUCGGCCAGCAGCAGUCGUUUCACAGCGACUCACAUGGUGCCAAUGCCACGCACACCACCAGCAACAACACCAGCAGUGCUGCUGCUGCUGCUGCUGUUGCUGCACCCUCGCACGCAGCACCCCGCCCGUCCCUCAACCCCAUGGCGCCUCACACAAUGCCCACGGCCCACAUGUCCCAUGCGGGCCUUAAAGUUGAUACGGUUUGCAUUUCCCCCACUGCCCAGGGUUUGUGGCGUGUGGGCGAACAGGGGGCGGGAGGGGCGGAAAGGCGACUGGGAGGGGGGAAAUUGUGGGGAAAGGGAAUGGGGGGAGGGCCAAAGGGGGAGGAGGAGAGAGGGGGAAGUGGAGAGGGUGGGUUUGAUGGUGGGAAUGGUGGAGAGGACGAGGAGAGGAAGGAUGAGGAGGAGCUGGGGAGGGAUGGGCAGGGGGAUGGGCUUCGUGCAAGGGUGGAGGAGGGAGGGGGGAUAGUGGGAGGGGAAGGAGAAAGAGUCGGGGGAGGAGAGGCAGGAGGAGGUGCGGUGGCAGCAGCAGAAGCACCGGCAGCAGCAACAGCAGCAGCAGCAGGGGGGGUAGCAGCAGCAGUAGGGCGAGUGCGAGUGGCACCGUAUGUGAAUCCGUGUUUGGAGUGCGAGUUGGAGGGUGUGUUUGCAGCCAUGUUCAGUGGCGAGAGGAGGCCGUUCAGCCCCGGCCAGUUCCUCUAUAGCUGGUGGCGUGUCACGGACAGCUUUGCGAGCUACCAGCAGCAGGACGCGCACGAGUUCUUCAUCGCAACCCUCAACGCUCUCCAUGCUGCCUCCGGCCUCGCCUCGCCCCGCCGCAAACCCGCCCCUCCUGUUGCUGCUGGUGCUGCUGGUGCUUCUGCUGCGUGCCCGCCAUCAGUCACCGAGUGCCCCUGUAUCGUGCACGAGGUGUUUUCUGGGCUGUUGCGAUCAGAUCCCUCACUUGCUCGCAGCAGAGUUGCACGAGGAGCAGCAGCAGCGGCAGCAGCAGCAGCAGCAGCGCCGGGAGUUGAUGCUGCUGCGGCGGCAGCAGCAGCUGGAACAGGGGCCGGCACCCCUGUUGGCUUCUUUGAUGCUGAUGCUGAUGCUGCCACUGCUGCUGCUGGUGAUAUCAUUGGUGAUGGUGCUGCUGCUGCUGCUGCAUUGGGAGAGGGAGGGCUGGGAGGCAGUGGCAGUGCGGAGGGGAGUGGCAGCGGUGGCAGCAGAAGCAGCAGCAACAGCAGCAGCAGGGAGGGCGGACGACAAGCAGGACUGGAAGGGGGAGAGGCAAAGGAGGUGAGAAGAACAGGGGGUGACGGAGGGGAUGGGGAGGAAGGAGACGAAGGAGAGGAAGGAGAGGAAGGGGAGGAAGGGGAGGAUGGAGAGGAAGGAAAUGCAAGAGAGGUGUUGCUGGGAGAUGUGGUGGGGGAAGGAGUGGCCCUGGGGGAGGAAGAGGAGAUGGAAGCGAAUGGAGUGGCAGUGGCUGAAGCAACUGCAGGGGCAGAAGGUGAAGAUAACGUUGCAGUGCAGACUGAUAUGGGGUCAGCCAUGCGAGGGCAAGAAGGGGGUGGGAUGCACUGCUGUGCUCUCCUGCAUGACCCUGCUGCUGCUGCACCUGAGGUUGCUGGGCUUGACAGCAGAGAAGCAGAGGGUGUGGGAGCAGAGGCUGUGGCAGCAGAUGGAGCAGCAGUAGCGGGUGUGGCGAGGCGGGAGAAUUUGGCAGGAGCAGCUGAACGGCGAGCAGAAGGGGAAGGAGCACCUGGGCCACGGAAAGCGUCAGGCACUGCUGCGCUACCACCAUUAGCGCCUCCAGCAGCAGCAGCAGCAGCAGCAGGAAGAGCAGCAACAGGAGCAGGAGCAGCGGGAGCAGCAGCAGCAGGGGGAGCAGCAGCAAAGGAGGAGGGAGCGGUGGCGACGUUGAUAGCAUGUUUGGAUCGGUUCACACACCCGGAGACGCUUGGAGUCAAUGAGAAGUUCUUCUGUGAGGCCUGCCAGAUACGGCAGGAGUCAGUGAAGCAGAUGUCGCUGGCGCGCCUGCCCCUCGUGCUGUGUCUGCACAUCAAGCGCUUUGAGCACUCGCUCUCGCGCAACGCCUCGCGCAAGAUCACGCGCUUCCUGCACUUCCCCCUCGCGCUCGACAUGUCCCCCUACCUCUCCUCCAGCAUCACCCGCAACCGUAACCGUAACCGCGACCGCGACCGCACUGCCUCCCUGCACCCUACGCCCUCCCCUCCGCCCAUUUCCCCUGCUGUCUCCUCUCCUCUGGUCCUCUCCCCCCCGGCAACUUCUCCGCUCGUCUCUCCUCUGCUCGCCACUCCUCCUGUUGCCUCACCUCCUUUCGCCUCUCCUCCUCCACCACCACUCCCACCAGCACCCCCUCCCAAUGCUUCGUGCAAGCUGGCCAGUCCCUCUGAAUUCACUUCUGAACCUCCUCCCGAACCUGCUUCCGCACCUGUUUCCGGGCCUGUUCCUGAACCUACUUCCGAAGCUGUUGUCAAACCUGCUCCCGGGGACUUGGAGAAAGGCGGUAGCAGCAGCAACACAAGCAACAGCAGGGAGGAGGCGCCUGCGCAGGAGGACCCCAGCAGUGACGGGAGAGCCGCGGGGGAAGUCGGCGCGCGCAAUGCCGAUUCCGCCAGAGCGGAGAGCGCAGCAGCCAAUAACACCUUUCCCGCCAACUCUCAUUCCGCUAACACCGCAACCGCAGCCGCAGCUAACGCCGCUUUCCCCCAAGUCGACUUUAUUUAUGCGCGCGAUUACGAGGACAUGGGCCUGAACGCUGGAUCGCUCUUCUUCCGCAGCGCGCCGCGGUUUCUCGAAACCGAUUUCUUCCCCCAUUGGCUGUCCCUCUCGCGGUCGUUCCACAAACGGCAGCUGGAGGAGCAAGGUGCGCUCGCGGACAUGCUCCAACGUGACUAUAAAGGGGUGCGGAGCGCCUCGCUCGCUCAAAUUUUCACAGUGCUCCACGUCCAGUACCUGCAGCGAAGCCAAGCGCGACACGGCCACGGGCAGCUUGAGCAGCAGCGGCAGGUGUUUGAGGCUGAGAUUGAGGAGAGAGGAGAGAUUGCCGAAUCCAUCCUCUGGUAA